AUGAAAUUCCGCAAAGGGGGCAAGGUGGAGGUACUGCAGAAGGCGGAGGCACCUUUCGGUUCCUGGAGGCCUGCCGAGAUCCUUUCUGGCAAUGGGCACACCUAUCUCGUAAGCUAUGAUCCAUGUCUGCUUGACGGUAGUCUGGCCAUUGAAAGGGUUCCAAGAAAGGUGAUAAGGCCUUCUCCCCCGUCCCCAGAUGGUCUGGUGUGCUGGGUCCCAGGCGACAUCCUUGAAGUCUUCGACAGCUAUUCAUGGAAGGUUGUGGAAGUCGUGAGAUUGCUUGGUCAUGAGUACUAUCUUGUCAGGCUCCUCGGAUCCUCCCUAGAAUUGAGGGUAGAUGCAUCCAACCUUAGGACAAGGCAGCUUUGGCAAGAUGGCAAAUGGGUUGCUCUUCCAAAGGAUUCUGCAAGAUGUGCUGCUGGUUCACACAGGAGUCGGACAAAAGGUGGAAAUUCAGGGGGCAGUCAUCUUCUAUUAAAGAACAAGAAUGUGUUUGAAGACAAUAUGUCUCGAGGCAUGAAGAGGAAAACCUCUGCUGCAUCAGCUUUCCCUAUGCAGCGCAGUGAAGUUACUAAGAGAUUUCAGACUUCUCGCAGAGAUGGAAGACGCCAACAUCUUGGUCCUGGAGAUUCUCUUCAUUUGAUGGAUAAGGUAGAUGCUGUUGAUUCCCCAUGCUUAAUGCUGGGUGAAAAAUGCAUGCAUGAUUCCUUAAAUAACAGAGCAAAUGGCUUUCCUAAAACAAACCUUGCAGUGGUUAAUGCUAAUGUUGAUUAUCAGUAUCCCUCUGUAACAACUCAAGAUAGUGAUACUGAUAGUGCCGCAUCCUCUGUUGGUAGUUGCAAUCCCUACGGUAGCCCCUAUAGACAAGCACAUCCUCAGGAGUACGACAGUGGAGAUAUUUGUAGUAGGACUGAUGAUGAUGAUGAAGCUUCUGUAUCUGGAACUGAAUCACCUCUUCCAAUUAAAGGUGGUCUGGGGGAAGAAACCCAUCUGCUUGAGUUGCAUGCUUAUCGUGCAACAAUGAUGGCACUAUAUGCUUAUGGAUCAAUUAGCUGGGAGCAAGAGGCUUUGAUGACUAAUCUGAGGCUUACACUGAACAUCUCUACUGAUGAACAUUUAUCAGAGUUAAGGAAUUUGGCUAACUCUGCAGUUUGUUCUAGAUAG